AUGUGCAGCGUCCUUGGGGUCAGAGCACGGCGUCUGUGUGCGAUCCCAGUGCACGGGGGCUGGGGGGGGGGGGAGGGAUCGUGGGGUCGGAUCGGUGCUCCCGCUGCCCCCGCCCGCCCUACCCCAGACCCCACUCGGCCACCACCGGACGGGGACCCCUCGUGUCGCCCCGCGGUGCCCCGCGCAGAGCCGCCCCGUCGGGCCGGGCCCGAUCCCCGCCACCCCCCCGGGGCCGCCCCCUCCGGAUCUGGGCGGGAGCUCCGGCCCCGCCGCCCCCCUCCGGCCGCUUCCAGCCCCGCCGGGCUCCGUCCGUCCGUCCGUCCCGUCCGGUCCCGUCCCGCCGCCGUCGCAUGGGGCCCCCCGGGCCGGCGUGACCGAGCCGCACUCCCGGGGAUCGCCCCCACCGCGGAGCCGCGACGGCCCCGGCCGCCCUCGAGGGGCACUCAGCGCGGAGCUGCCCCGGAGCGCCGACCGAAGACCCCCCCCCGCCCCCGCCCGGGGCUGGAGCCGCGCAGAGCCCCCCCCGCGCCCAUCGCUGGAGCAGAGCCCGGACCCCCCCCCUCCGCCCCCGACCUCCGGGGGCGCCGCCGGACCCCGUCCCCGUCGGGGCGAGGGACGCUCGGAGCGGCCCCCGGUGCUCGGGGCGGGGGGAGAGCUGCGCUGGCCCUGACCCCACCGCCGGCCCCGGGGGGGCGCGCCCCCGGCCCUAUGGCGGCCAAAUGGUUCAAGGAGUUCCCCUCCAACCUGAGGACGGGCUCGGAGAAAGCGCGGCCGAGCAAACCGGGAGGCACCGCCCGUAAGAGCCUGGGGGGCACCGAACCUCCCGGGGGGGCCCCGCCGGGGAAAAGCCGCAAAAACUCGGCGGCGGAGGUGGGGGGCUGCAGGGCCGCGUACCCCCCCGGGGCCGGCAAGGACGGGGGCGGCCGUCUGUCGCGGGACAACCUGCAGGGACUGCUGCAAGCCGCCGCCGGGAGGAUGCGCAAAAACUCGAAGGUGGAGGGGGUCGCGGCCGAGGGACCCCCCCGGAGCUGCGGGACGUACAUCAACCGCCUGAUCAAAGUGGAAGCCCACGAGAAAAACCCCAAGGGCUACCCCAGCGCCGGGCCCGCACCCGAGGAGAAGGGCAAGAGCCCCAAAACGGAGACGGUCAUCAUCCUGGAGGACUACGCCGACCCCUACGAUGCCAAACGCACCAAAGGGCAGCGGGAUGCCGAGCGCCUGGGGGAGAACGACGGCUACAUGGAGCCCUACGACGCACAGCAGAUGAUCACAGAGGUCCGCCGCCGCGGCUCCAAAGACCCCCUGGUAAAGGCUCUCCUGCUGCUGGAUGAGGCGGGGAGCAAAGCGGAGGUGGCCAAGAAGGUCGGGGGGGGCAGCGAGGCGGUGGGGCGGGGGCCGCAGCUCUACGACACCCCCUAUGAACCCGGGGCUGAUGAGCGCCCGGCGGCUGAGUAUGAGCAGCCCUGGGAGUGGAAGAAGGAGCAGAUCGUGAAGGCGCUGUCGGUUCAGUUUGAGGGCUCUGAGCGGCCCCGGGAGGAGGCAGCACGGCAGCACCUCCGCCAGAAGAGUUGGACCCCACGCAUGGUGAAACCAUCGGAGCAGAGCGAGGGGGAGCGCGUGGACCCCGCCGUGUCGCUGGAGAAGCAGCCGUGGUACCAUGGGGCCAUCACCCGUGCGGAGGCUGAGAGCCGGCUGCAGGCGUGCAAGGAAGCCGGGUACCUGGUGCGCACCAGCGAGAGCGGCAGUGGGAAGUACUCCAUUGCCCUCAAGACCAGCCAAGGCUGCGUGCACAUCCUGGUGGCGCAGACCAAGGACCAUAAGUACACGCUGAGCCAGGCCAGCGGGGGCUUCGCCAGCGUCCCCGAGGUCGUGCAUUAUUACUCCACCGAGAAGCUGCCCUUCAAAGGGGCCGAGCACAUGGCCCUGCUGCACCCCGUGCACUGCAAGAUGCACUGACUGGGCUGGGAAUGCCCCCGGGGGGGGUCCCACGGUGUGUCGUCGUUGUCGUCGUUCCCCCCCCCCCCCCCCCCCCCCCCCAUUUGAUGGGGUGAAGGUGGCUGCCGGACCUAUUGAUGCAGAUAGGGGAUGGUGCGUCCCCCCCUCCCGAGCCCUGGUUUGGGGUGGGGGAUGCGCUGAGGUCGGGCGCUGUGAUGGAGGUGUGAAAUAAAGAUGUUGGCUGAGA